CUCUCCUUUGGGAUUAUACAAGUGUGUCUGAAGCAGACAUGUGCUAGUUAACCACACGACGACGACGAGGAACUCUAAAGUAAACCCUAAUUUCAAAGUUUCGCCCUUAACAUUGUUUUCAAAGCGGUUCUGCUGCGAUGGAAGACGAUACGUGGGCUGUUUCCUCUUCUGGUUCUUCCAGAAGCUAUCGAUCAUCGGCAACGACAGCUGCUAAGUAUCAAUCUGGUUCUUACCUAGAUUCGGGAGACUUUGAAGAAGAAGAAGAAGAAGAUGAUGAUGAUGAUGAUGUUGAAAUGGAUUACCCAUGUCCGUUUUGCUCCGAUGAUUAUGAUUUAGUCGAGUUAUGUCACCAUAUCGACGAAGAGCAUCAGCUUGAAGCUACCUAUGGGCUAUGCCCGGUUUGUAACAAAAUGGUGAAGAUGGACAUGGUGGAUCAUAUAACCUCAUAUCAUAGAGAUGUCUUGAAGAGUGUGCAGAAGCAGACAUCUUCUUACGUGGACGAUCGAUACUCAUCAGAUAAACAUCUUCGAUCAUUUCACGAUGACUUUCCACCAUAUACGCAUACUUCUAAACCCGUUGUUGCGGACCACUUUUUAUCUUUCCUCAACAGUCCCCCAUUGCCAAAGCAAACCAAGCCUGUGCAUGAGGUUGAUUCAAGUGCAGAAGACAAGAAUUUGACUGAGGCUGAUUCCUCUACAGUAAAAGACAGGACAUGUUCAACACCUUUAUCGGAUACUGAACAACUGGAGAAGGCAAAUAAGUGUGAGUUUGUACAGGGACUGUUGUCGUCAGCCAUGUUUGGUGAUGGAUGCGACUUCUUCUGAGAUAAGAAGCAAAAUAAAGAUGUGAAGCCUGUAAUGGCAAAAGGCAGGUUAUUGGCAUUGUUGUAAUUUUGUUCAGUUCUGUUUUAUCUGUUUUUCUCAGACACUAAAGUAGGUUUAGCUUCGUAAUAUAUAAAGCCAAUGCGUUUUAA